CUCGCCCCUCUGGCUACUUCCCCGGUGAGUGUUGGCCCCGAAGCGAUUCUAGGACUUCUGAGAGGAAAAAGUCAGCACCGGCUCUGCAAGACUCGGGCCAGCACCAUGGGCUGACUUGGCCUUCCGUGAUGGAAAACGAGUGCAGGGCGUACGGGGAGUGGGGGACUUGUGCAGAUGCGGGCCGGCGUGGAACCUGCCCCUGACAUGCGGGGAACGUGGGGCUGUACGAGGUGCUCAAGCUCUGGAUUCUCUGGAAUAUGAACUUCGGAAGAGCAGCGACAAGGAGGACUGAUUAGUUCUUAUAUUUCUAAAAGCAUGGCCCAUUUUCAGGAGUCAGUGAAGUUCAGGGAUGUGGCCAUAGCCUUCUCUCAGCAGGAGUGGGAGAGUCUGGAUUCUGCUCAGAGGGACUUAUACAGAAAUGUGAUGUUGGAGAAUUAUAGUAACUUGGUCUCACUGGCAGGACAUUCCAUUUCUAAACCAUACUUGAUUACCUUAUUGGAACAAUGGAAAAAGCCCUGGAUGAUAAUGAGGGAAGAUGCGAGAAGACUGUGCACAGAUUUGCAGUUGAAGGAUGAGCUAAUCAGCCAUCAAGAAAUGCCCACUUAUGAAAAAUUUACAUCUUUUGCUCUACAUGAGGGAAUUCUUAACAAAGAGAAACCACGUGAAUAUCAGGAAAUUGGGAAGACUUUUAGUCAAGGCUCAAAGCAUGUUCAACAUGAGAGAAUAUGUACUAGUGGAAACCUCUACAAAUGUAAAGAAUGUGGGAAGAACUUUAGUAAUGGACAUCAACUUACUAUACACCAGAGAUUUCAUGUUGGUGAGAAGCCCUAUGAAUGUAAGGAUUGUGAGAAGGCUUUUAUGAGGGGCUCAGCCUUUGUUAAACAUGGGAGAAUUCAUACUGGUGAGAAACCUUAUAAAUGUAAGGAAUGUGGAAAGGCCUUUAGCAGUAGCCAUCAAUUUACUGUACAUAAGAGUAUUCAUAUUGGUAAGAAACCUUAUGAAUGUUGGGAAUGUGGAAAAGCUUUUUGUAGUAACUCAUACCUUGUUCAACAUCAAAGAAUCCAUAAUGGUGAGAAACCCUAUGAAUGUAAGGAAUGUGGGAAAGCUUUUAUAGUGUAUGGAAAACUUCUUCGGCAUCAGAAUAUUCAUACUGGUAAAAAACCUUUCCUAUGUAAGGAAUGUGGGAAGGCCUUUAGUACCUCCUCAUACCUUGUUCAACAUCAGAGAAUUCAUACCGGUGAGAAACCCUAUGAAUGUAAAGAAUGUGGGAAGGCCUUUAGUACAAGCUCUCCCCUUGUUAAACAUCAAAGAAUUCAUACUGGCGAGAAACCCUAUGAAUGUAAGGAAUGUGGGAAAGCUUUUACUGUAUAUGGACAACUUACUCGGCAUCAGAGUAUUCAUACUGGUGAGAAACCCUUUGAAUGUAAAGAAUGUGGAAAGGCUUUUAGACUUAGUUCAUUUCUUAGUGCACAUCAGAGAAUUCAUGCAGGAGUAAAGCCCUAUGAAUGUAAGGAAUGUGGGAAAGCCUUUAGUCGUGCCUCAUAUCUUGUUCAACAUGAGCGACUUCAUACUGGUGAGAAACCCUAUGAGUGUAAGGAAUGUGGGAAGGCCUUUAGUACUGGCUCAUACCUUGUUCAGCAUCAGAGAAUUCAUACUGGUGAGAAACCCUAUGAAUGUAAGGAGUGUGGUAAGGCCUUUAUUAGUCGCCAUCAACUUACUGUUCAUCAGAGGGUUCACACAGGUGAGAAACCCUAUGAAUGUAAAGAAUGUGGAAAGGCCUUUAGAGUGCAUGUACAUCUCACACAACAUCAGAAAAUUCAUAUUGAUGUGAAACCCUAUGAAUGUAAGGAAUGUGGGAAAACUUUUAGUCGUGCCUCAUAUCUUGUCCAACAUGGAAGAAUUCAUACUGGUGAGAAACCCUAUGAGUGUAAGGAGUGUGGCAAGGCCUUUAGUUCUGGCUCAUACCUUAUUCAACAUCAAAGAAUUCAUACAGGGGAGAAACCCUAUGAAUGUAACAAAUGUGGGAAAGCCUUUACUGUGUAUGGACAGCUUAUUGGACAUCAGAGUAUUCAUACUGGUGAGAAACCCUUUGAAUGUAAGGAAUGUGGGAAGGCCUUUAGACUUAAUUCAUUCCUUACUGAACAUCAGAGGAUACACACUGGUGAGAAACCCUUUAAAUGUAAAAAAUGUGGGAAGGUCUUUAGCUAUAGUUCAGCCCUGAAAGCACAUCAGAGAAACCAUACAGGUGUGAAACCCUAAUAAUUUAAGUUAUGUGGGAGAUCCUUUUUGCAUGGCUCAAACAUUGUUCAGCAGAGAGUUCAUAUGGUAAGAAGCUUUUAAAUGUAAGGAAUGUUGGUAGGUCAUUAGAAAAUAUACUCACCCUGUAUGGUAUGUGAAUACAUCUCAAUAAAAUUGAAUUAUUAAAAAAAAGAAAGAAAGAAAAUAUACUCACCUUUCUUAUGUUAAAGAAUACAUAAUCAGGAAAACAUAAGAAAGUCUUCAUCUGUCAUUCUUGUUUAUAUGCUAUCAGAAUAUUCAAAAUUGAAACCAAUUAAGAAAAAGGUGGGAAACCUUUAGCUUUGGCACGCAUGUCAUUCCACUACCUAACAAUGUACCUGACAUUAGGCACCAUACAUACCACCUGUAGGCAUUGUUUUAAAAUGGAGAUAACAGAACCUACAUACUUGUAAAAGCCUAUGCUCAAUAAUUAUUUUAUUAUUAUUUUUGUAACUGCUAGUGAAAUUUUGAGUAAGACCCUACAGGUGUAGUUAAUUUAGAAAUGCCCCAAUAUCCAUACAUCCAUUUUAGAAUUUUAGAUACAUCUUUCAGGAUAAAACUUUGCAGAAAGAAAGGAAUAUGGGAGGAUAUUCUUUUAGAGCUCAUCUCUUAAGUUGCAGCAAACAGUUCUUGAAAGAUGCCCAGUGUUUUAAUGUGCAUAAAGAUGUUAAGAAGAGCCUGUAAUCCACAUAUUUUGUCCAAAACUCUAGAUAAAUUGGAAAUUAAUAAUAGGAUAGCAAAAAGUAGAGUAUCCUCUUGGAAAUUUCUUUUACAAUUUUUUUACAUGGGAGUUUUUAACAAAUAAAUUGUCACCCAUCCUUGGUAACGUUUUGCCUUAUUUAUUUUAUUUCUACCACUUUCAUAUCUGUACAUAAUUAUUUCUACAGCAUCUGAGAGGAAGUUGUAGGUAUGACCCUUCACCCCUAAAUAUUAGUCUCUUUUACUCAAAAGCCCCUCCUCUUUUCAUGACUUUGGUUUUUUGAAGCAUCCAAGGAAAUUUUGUUAUAGAUUGCCUCACAUUCUGUAUUUUAUUGUUUCCUCAUGCUGCCAUUUAACUUGUUCCUUCCAUCAUUUUUUCUAUAUUAUAGAAGUUGUAAAGGUUUUAUUAAGAUUCUAGAGAACACGUCAAAGGUUAUGCUGCAUAUUUCUGUAAACACAUAAUAUCAGGUUUCCCCACAGUUAGUAAUGCUGUGUUAAAACUUGGUUCAGAUCAUCAUUACUAGAACUUUUCAUUGUAAGGUUUAUUUUUGCAAUGGUAGUCUGAAUAAUAUUUUUAAUAUCUCCAUUUAGGAAGUUGUAAUCACAUGUGUGUAUAAGUUUAAAAUCAAAUUUGAAAUUAUGGUCUGUUCAGGAAAGAAUGAUAAUGAAAUGCCUAUGUAUCAGAAUUUUUGGUAAGUAGCCAAAACUAUAAUUAGAAACUUAAUUAAAAAAUAAAAUAAAGUAAAUUGGAAAAUUAAUGCCUACAACCACUCAGCAGAAACCGGGGCUGAAAGCCAGAAUUUUGUUUUGUUCAUCUCUUUAUCCUGCAACCUAUACAAUAAUUGUUACAGUAUACAUAGUUAAUAAAGCUGAUAAAAGAUGGAAUAAUCAUAUUUAGUUGUUUCAGGACCAUUUGCUGAAAAACAUUACCGUUUUCCACUAAUUGCUUUGUUGAAAAUAAAUAGAUAAUAUAAAUAUACUCACAUUUCUGAAUAUGUUGUUAUACUAUUGUACUGUAUAUCAUUCUUCCAAUACCAAAGAGUAUUGAUUACUGGACAUUUAAAAAAAUGUUUUACUAUUUUAUGCCCUUUUUAUUUCCAUAUUUAUUUUUAAAUCAUCUUGUCAACUUCUAAUGGGAAAAUAGCUUCUGGGAUUAUAGUGUGGAUUGUAUUGAAUCUGUCGAUCAAUAGGGAGAUAAUUCAUAUCUUAACACUAUUGAGUCCACCCAUCUGUGAACAUUACCUCUCCUUUUAUUUAAUUCUUUAAUGUCUCCAGCAAUGUUCUGUAAUCUUCAGUGUUCAAGCCUUCCAUGUAUUUUGUUAAAUUUAUUCCUGAGUAUUUCAUAAUUGCUGAUGUUAUGGUAAUUGUUCUUGUGGAACAGUUAAAAAAUGAUAUUAAUUACUAUUAUAUAGGAAUGAUAUUUUCUUGUAUUAACUCUCUUUCCUACAAGCUCAUUAAAUUUGUUUUUGAGUUCUAGUAGUUUUUUGUAGUUUCCUUAGGAUUUUCUACAUAAACAACUGCCAUUUGUGAAAAUAAAGACAUUUUUAUUUCUUCCUGUCACUUCUGAAUUUUCUUCUCUUACAGCAUUAAUUUCCAGUACAGUAUUGAAUAGAAGGGGUGAGAGUGAACAUUCUUGGCUUUUGUCUAAUCUUGAGGGGGUGUGGAACAUGACAUU